AUGGAGAGGGCUUCAUCGCAAAGUCCGUCACAAAAUACACUGCUACGAGGUAUGGAUUUGGAAAACGGUACUGUAGCGUCAAUGCCUCAAGCGACGACGCCACCAGCGACUGAAGACAUCGAAUUAUCCCGGAAGGAUAACAGCAACGUUGCCCAAGAUGGCGAUAUUGUCGAUUGGGACGGCCCGGAUGAUCCAGAGAACCCCAUGGGCUGGCCGGACAGCAAGAAGUGGCUCAAUAUCAUCCUGAUCUCAAUAUUAACACUCGUAACACCUCUUGGCUCAUCAAUGUUUGCACCCGGAAUUCCUAGAAUCAUGGUCGAGUUCAACGAAACAUCCCCUCUUGUUGCAACAUUUGUCGUGUCUGUCUACGUUCUCGGUUUCGCCUUUGGGCCACUUAUUGUUGCACCUCUUAGCGAGGUCUACGGUCGCGCACCACUCUAUAACUGGGGUAAUGUGUUAUUCGUCCUCUUCACUGUUGGGACAGCUCUGUCCCAGAACAUGCCGAUGAUGAUGGCGUUUCGGUUCCUGAUGGGGUUUGCUGGCUCAGUUCCCAUCACAAUUGGCAGUGGUAGCAUCGCCGACAUUAUGCCGAUUGAGAGCCGAGGUAAGGCUAUGUCAGUGUGGGCUCUAGGACCUCUACUUGGACCCUGCAUUGGCCCUUUGGCAGGAGGAUACCUUAUCCAGGCCGCUGGGUGGAGAUGGGUCUACUGGUUGGUCACCAUCAUGGGCGGCAUCUUCAUACCUAGCUCGUUCCUCUUCAUCAAAGAGACCUACGUCCCCGUACUCCUCGAACGAAAAGCCGACCGACUUCGAAAAGAGACCGGAAACACGAAGCUGCGAACCAAAGAAGAUAAAGGAGAGCGGCUUGGUGUCAAGUUUAAGCUGGCCAUUGUGCGCCCCCUGAAGCUGCUAUUUGUUACUCCCAUUGUCGGGCUCAUGGCUCUGUACAUGGCCGUCGCCUACGGCAUUCUGUAUCUCCUGAUCGCGACAUUCUCGUUUGUCUACAAAGAUAACUAUGGCUUCGAUGAAGGCGAGUCAGGUCUCACCUUUCUCCCGGCCGGUAUCGGCAUGAUGAUUGGCGUCGUCGUCUUCGGUGCCCUGUCGGAUGUGCUUGUCACGAACCGCACAAAACAGGGGCUGGAGCAUAAACCCGAGGUCAGACUGAGCCCAAAGCUGGCUUUGCCCUGCGGUGUCGUUUUACCUAUUGGCCUGUUUCUCUACGGGUGGACCACGCAGUAUGCCAUUCACUUCAUCGUUCCUAUGCUAGGCGUCGCAAUCUUCAGCUGCGGACUGAUGGGAGUGAUGAUGUGCGUCCAAAACUACCUUCUAGACACGUACCCUCGCUAUGCGGCAUCUGUCACUGCGGCCCUCGCAGUCCUUCGAUCUCUUGCUGCGGCCCUCCUCCCCUUGGGUGGAUUGGACAUGUACAACGCGCUGGGGCUGGGUUGGGGAAACAGCCUACUGGGAUUCCUCUGCGUGGCUAUGAUUCCUAUUCCCGUCGUCUUUUACGUCUUUGGCGAGCGGCUCCGCAAACGAUUUAAUCCGUCGCUCUAG